AUGGAAAAUCCAGGAGCAUGGAACAACACGGCUGUUCAGGAGUUCAUCCUGGAGGGCUUCCCUACAGCCCAGCACCUGGAGAAGGUCCUCUUCCUGCUGCACCUGCUGGCUUACCUGGCCUCUGUCAUGGGAAACUCACUCAUCAUCACGAUCACCUGGGCAGACCGGCGCCUCCACACACCUAUGUACUUCUUUCUGAGCACUUUCUCCUUCUGUGAAUGCAGUUUCAUCACCACGGUUAUUCCUAAACUGCUGACAAUCUUUCUGCUGGGGAAGCACACAAUUUCCUUUGCUGGCUGCUUCACACAAGCAUUUGCUUUUCUUUUCUCAGGUGCAACUAUUUUUUUCUUGUUGGCUGUGCUGUCUCUGGAUCGGUACUUGGCCAUCUGCAAACCUCUGCACUAUCCCACUAUCAUGAACCCAAAGAUGUGUGUCCUGCUGGUCACUGCCUGCUUUUUUUUGGGUUUUGUGCUUAUGGUGGUUCCAGUUGUAAAGUUGUCCCAGUUGUGCUUCUGUGGGCCCAAUGUCAUCCCUCAUUUCUUCUGUGAUUUUGGACCAUUGGCAAAUCUUUCAUGUUCUGAAAACAGAUCUAUUCAAACCUUGUUCUUCAACCUGGUCUUUUUUCUCCUUUUCACAUCCUUCCUUAUGACUGUCAUUGCCUACAGCAACAUAGUGAUUACAAUUGUACACCUUCCAUCAGCCAAGGAGCGGCAGAAAGCCUUCUCUACCUGCUCCUCUCACCUUGUUGUCCUUUCUCUGAUGUAUGGCAGCUGCGUCUUCAUUUAUGUGAAACCAAAGCAAAGGAGCAGGCUGGACUCCAACCGAGAGGCUGCUCUGGUGAACACAGUGAUGACUCCACUACUGAACCCUGUCAUCUACACCCUCCGCAACAAACAGGUGCACAGGGCACUGAGGGAUGCUCUGUCCAGGGUGAAGUUGCAGAAAUAG